CUUCCUAUUUAGAUCCAGAUUCAAGAAAAAGGAAAAUAUCUUCAAUCAUUAGAGUUAGGGUUCUUGGAUUGAAGUUAAUGGGGCGUUUCGCUCUUCUCCUUCUCCUGGUGUUCGCGUCAUUGCAGCUCCUCUGUUUUGCUGCCGCUGAUGAUACGGUCUUUUAUGAAUCAUUCGAUGAGCCUUUUGACGGGCGAUGGAUCGUAUCUGUUAAAGAUGAUUAUACAGGUGUGUGCAAGCAUUCAAAGAGUGAAGGGCAUGAUGACUACGGGCUUCUUGUGAGCGAGAAGGCGCGGAAGUAUGCCAUAGUGAAGGAGCUCGACAAGCCCGUGAGUCUCAAGGAUGGAAGCACUGUGCUUCAGUUUGAGACGCGCCUCCAGAAUGGACUCGAAUGCGGUGGUGCAUAUUUGAAAUACCUUCGUCCUCAGGAAGCUGGAUGGAAGCCUAAGGAGUUUGACAAUGAAUCCCCUUACUCUAUCAUGUUUGGACCUGACAAAUGUGGGGGCACAAACAAGGUGCACUUCAUUUUGAAGCAUAAGAAUCCGAAAAGUGGGGAAUACAUUGAACAUCAUCUUAAAUAUCCACCCUCUGUCCCAUCUGACAAGCUUACCCAUGUCUACACUGCCAUCUUGAAGCCUGACAAUGUGGUUAAGAUUCUGAUUGAUGGCGAGGAGAAAAAGAAGGCAAACUUUCUCUCGGCUGAUGAUUUUGAGCCCCCACUUAUCCCUGCUAAGAUGAUUCCUGACCCAGAUGAUAAGAAACCCGAGGACUGGGACGAAAGAGCCAAAAUUCCUGAUCCAAAUGCUGUAAAGCCAGAAGAUUGGGAUGAGGAUGCGCCCAUGGAAAUUGAAGAUGAAGAUGCUGUGAAACCGGAAGGAUGGUUAGAUGAUGAGCCUGAGGAGAUAGAUGAUCCCGAGGCAACCAAGCCGGAAGAUUGGGAUGAUGAUGAGGAUGGUGAGUGGGAAGCCCCCAAAAUUGAUAACCCAAAGUGUGAGGCAGCCCUCGGCUGUGGUGAAUGGAAGAGGCCGAUGAAGCCAAAUCCAGCUUACAAGGGAAAAUGGUCUGCUCCUCUCAUUGAUAACCCCAAUUACAAGGGUAUCUGGAAGCCUCAGGAGAUUCCAAACCCCAACUACUUUGAGCUCGACAAGCCUGACUUUGAGCCUAUCGCUGCUGUUGGUAUUGAGAUCUGGACAAUGCAAGAUGGCAUAUUGUUUGACAAUAUUCUGAUAGCCAAAAACGAAAAGGUUGCCGAGUCAUAUAGGGAGACCACAUGGAAACCCAAGUUUGAGGUUGAGAAGGAAAAACAAAAGGCCGAGGAAAAAACCACUGAUUCGGAUGAGCUUUCUGGCUUCCAGAAGAAGGUAUUUGAUGUCCUAUACAAGGUUGCUGAUAUUCCUUUCUUAAGUGAAUACAAGCUUCGAAUCCUUGAUCUCAUUGAGAAGGCUGAGAAGCAACCAAAUAUCACCAUUGGUGUCAUAGUCUCUAUCGCGGUGAUCGUCCUCACAGUUUUCUUCAAGCUUAGUUUUGGUGGCAAGAAGCAACCAAGAGUCGAGAAGAAACCUGAUGUUGCCGAGGCAUCAAACAAUCAAACCACCGGCGGAGAAAAGGCUGAAGAUGAAGAGGAAGAGAAAGAUGAAUCCGCCGCUGCUCCCCGCCGAAGGAGACGUGAAACCUGAGAGAAGAGUCACAGGAAGAGGUGAUUGGAGAAAUUUUGGGGGCUCGAGUGGUGGUGGUUUUAGUAGCUGAAACAUUCUUGGUGAGAAUUUUAGUUUUACGUCUGAAUAUUGUUAGAAGAUUGUAUGACUUGAAGAGUGUAACCGAGACGGUUUUCAUGCUGUCUUAACUUGGAUCCAAACCCCAAAUCCCCCCGGGGGGGGGGACGAAUGAAUGCUAGAACUUGUAGAAUUUCUUUAUAGCCGAACGAGCAGUGCCUUUAUUCUUAAACACUGAUGCAGUAAUUAAGGUGCUCUGUAACAUGGUCAUGGUCCA